AUGAACUCUUAGCAAUAUUAGCAAGAAAUCUGGAAUAUGAAAGUUGCAGUCAGAGUACAACUCUAAAAUAGCAAAAUACCACCUAUGUAUCUUAUGAUUUAUAGACAACAUUAUUUGCUUUUCUAUUACCAAUAGAUCUUUGAUGUACAAAUAUCUGAAUUAUAAAUAAGCAUUUCGACUCCUUUUCUCCUUAAUUUAAUAAAAUAAAUCAAAUCACUUUCCGUUACAAAGAUAUUCCCUUACCAUACUAAAUACCUUUUGGGGUGCUGGUGGAUUUACAUUAUAAUGAGGACGUGUUCAUUCCUCUUGAUUUAACAUUAAUCUACCAGAAAGAAGCUCAUUUUGUAGAUUUAGAAGAUGAAAUCAAGAACCAAAUCAAAUUUAACCUAAAACAGGCGUGCUUUGGUCGUUACAACCAUGAGGGAUAUGGAACUCCACUUAAAAAUUUAACAUAAUAUAUGUCCAUAAGCGAUGAAAAGCAAGCAUUAAAGCAAAUAAAGUCAUUUGAAAAUAAGGAGGAUCUCUAUAGAUAUUAUAAGAAAAUAUUCGAAUCCCCUAAAACUGGAAGAUUAUAGCUUCCUAUUAGAAUAUAUUUCAAAAAAGGAGGUCACUUAUAAACUAUAAUUGAAUUGAAGGACUAACAAUUAACAAUAGGGCAAGCCUUAAGCACCAAAUUAUAGGGAGCUACUUUUAUAUUCAACGGAGCUCUCUUAAAUAUGAACAUACCAGCUCAAGAUUUUUAUGACCAGCUUUACUCAAUUGAUGGAUUUUGCUAUUUUGUUUGUGAGUGA